GGAGGUGCGGGACGACGAGGAGGAGGAGGGGAACGGCAGGAGCCUGCAGGAAUCAGAGAGCUUUUUCUUUUGUCCUCUUGUUCGGGACCCAUGGGGUCAACGCAGGCUGAAUGGGUUCACAGUGAAAGCUGCCACGGACGCGGACGGACACAGACGCCGAUGAGGACAGCGCACUAAUUAGGAAAACCUGGUCGAGCAAUCAAGCGCGAGGAGAAGACGCGCGCGGCUUGGAGCGCAGAAGAGCUGAUUUAGCUCACCGGUCACAUUGGCACCAUGAGCUGGAGUUUCCUAACUCGUCUGCUGGAUGAAAUCUCCAACCAUUCCACCUUUGUGGGGAAGAUCUGGCUGACGGUGCUCAUCAUCUUCCGCAUCGUGCUGACAGCCGUGGGGGGAGAAACCAUCUACUAUGAUGAACAGAGUAAAUUUGUCUGCAACACCCAACAGCCUGGAUGUGAGAAUGUGUGCUACGACGCAUUUGCACCACUUUCACACGUCAGAUUCUGGAUUUUUCAGGUCAUCAUGAUCACCACUCCCACAAUUAUGUACCUGGGCUUUGCUAUGCACAAAAUCGCCCGCAUGGAUGACAGCGAGUACAGGCCCGUCCGGAACCGGAAAAAUGCUCGCAGGAUGCCCAUUGUCAGUCGAGGAGCAGUUCGGGAUUAUGAGGAGGCGGAGGACAAUGGAGAGGAAGAUCCCAUGAUUGCUGAAGAGAUUGAACCAGAGAAGCCUGACAAAGCAGACAAAAGCUCAGAGAAAAAGCAUGAUGGUCGUCGACGGAUCUUGCGGGAUGGGCUCAUGAAAGUCUACGUGUGCCAGCUGGUGUGCCGCUCUGGCUUUGAGGUGGCCUUUCUUUUUGGCCAGUACAUCCUAUAUGGCUUUGAGGUGAUGGCAUCCUAUGUCUGCACCCGUUCACCAUGCCCACACACCGUGGACUGCUUUGUGUCCCGUCCCACUGAGAAGACCAUCUUCCUGAUGGUGAUGUACGUUGUGUCUUUCCUCUGCCUGCUCCUCACCGUCUUGGAAAUACUCCAUUUGGGGAUUGGAGGCAUCCGCGAAACUUUCCGCAGACGGGCCAACCUUCACUCCCGCGCCCAGCCAACGCACUCAUUACGGGCCAUUCCGACCGCCCCGCCAGGUUACCACGCCACCAUGAAGAAGGAGAAACUUAAAGGACAGCUGAGGGACUCGCCCAUGGGCGACUCCGGACGGGAGAGUUUCGGGGACGAGGGACCCUCCUCCUCAGAGCUGGAGCGUCUGAGGAGGCACCUGAAGCUGGCCCAGCAGCACCUGGACCUGGCCUACCAGGCAGAUGAAGGAAGCCCUUCAAGAAGCAGCAGCCCUGAGGUCAACACAGCCGCACAGACGGCAGCCGAGCAGAACCGCCUCAACUUUGCCCAGGAAAAGCAAGGAGAGACCAGUGAGAAAGGAAUACAUGCCUGAGCGUGCUUCCUGCCUCAAACGUCUGUCCUUCCAUUCCUACUGGCCUUAAACACACGGGGGAAGCACAUAUGGGAAUGCAGUCAGACCACUGAGGGAGACCAAAGCGUGUGUUUUGUUUGUGUGUUUGCGAGUGUGUGUUUGUGUGUGAGGAGGAUGGAUAAUAGAAAUGUGCCUUUCAGUAUUAGGGGUCAGUCAAGAAAGACAGAUAAGUGCUGACCGAGCUGUGUUGUGACAAAUUGUUCAUCUCCACGACUUGUAAACUUGAAAGCCUGCCACAUCUCCAGUUUCUGCUUGCCGACCUUCCAAACCUCGACUGUGCCUUCGGCUACAAACCUUGUCUACACCCUGUUCUUUUGCCCACUCCGUUUUUGUGGCUGUGCAGUAAUCCUCAUCCAAAACCUUGUAAGGAUUAUGGUAAGCUCUAAACUCCCCUGGCAAAGUGAACUUUUUUGUCUUCAUCACAAAAGAGUCUCUUUUUGUAAAAUAUUGUCAAAUGCUAAUAUUUCACUCUGUUUGGUGUUGGUCUCAGAGUCUCUUUCAAACAUUACUGCCUUAGGUUAUGUCAUUUCUGGAGUGCAUGUAGCAGCAUCUUUUUUUUUUCUUGCAGAGAGGGCGGCUUAACCUGUACUAGAUGAGUCAUUUUUCAUGUUUAAUUUAAACAGAUUUGACGUUUGAGGAUUAUAUGUGUUUAUCAGCAAGAAGCCACAAAAUUUCAGAUAUGUUCGACACAUUUUUACGCCUGUAUAUUUACUCCAAUCGGCCAAAAUGUUUACCUGGGAAAUGCUUGAAUUCUUUAUCGUCCAGAAAUAUGCCAAGAAUAGGUUUGUUUUUUGUUUUUUUUUUUAGUACAAUCGUAUCAUUUGAAAUACUCCAUUUAUUUUGCUACAAAGUGACCAAAGCUAUAGUUUUAUCUUUGUAGGACUUGUUUAGAAGGAAGCGUUAGCAUCUUAACUGCCAUCUAAUCAGACAGUUGGCUAUUAAGUAAAUUUAAGUAAAUUUCUUCCCUAAAUAAUGUCGUAUAACUGAUUAUCAAUGCUCAUCAUGCAGAAAAGCUUAAAACAAUCAUUUUUGUUUGAAACCAGCUGGAAACAUCUGUCUUUUGGGCUCCUGUCAACAAAGAAAAUUCCAUCCUUGUCUUUUCAAAUUUACAUUCUUCUUCGGUGAGCCAUAUUUUCCAUCCUUGACAUGCACCACCACUCCUUCUGCUUUUCUUUUUCUUUUUUUUUUUGUGCUGAAACACGGAUGCUUUUCAUGCAUCCCGAAGAGGAAAAAAAAAACAAAAAACCAAAAGACACAACCGAGCUGAGGAAAGGAUGACAGUUGCCUGCUGAGGACAGAGCUGACACACAGCCUGGUGCCGUGUAAACAGAUGAAACCCAUUCAUCUGUCGGUCGAAUUUAUGGUUUUUGACUGGAAAUGAAAUGUUGCCAGAGAGCUGUAAGAUGCUGUAGUCAUAUAAUCAUCUCAUCUCACUUUUGUUUUAAUUUUUUUCCCCCUUAUUUUAAGGUACGACAUUCCAUUUUGACUAUGGUACUUGUUCUUUUUUUUCUAUUGCAAGUUUUGUAGUUUUUGUAACUGUAGAGAUUAUUUUGUCUUCAGAGUAAAUAAAUAUAUUUGAACAUGAA